GAUGAAAGUAGUACUGUUUAUCAAGGUUAUUGUCAAUGGUUGUUCUGUUAUUGAAAUUUUUGUCGAUUGCAUCUUGUUGAGUUUUAAAAAUGCCUGUUUCAGACAAGAUUUUGAAUACUCUUCGUUUAAAUGCGAAGCAAGCUGAGGCUACUAUCGCUUUACUACGAAAACAGCUUUCUGCGUUGGAAAACGAAGCCAAUAGCGACAGAAUUGAAUCAUCUUACGUGAAACAAAAAGAGAAGUUGCAAGCAGAAAAUCAAGAAUUGAGAAAAAAGGCGAAACAACUGAAGCUUGAACUAGAAAAGGUUCAACGUCAAAAUGGAAUAAAGAUUUUCACCUUACCACAUGAUAAACAAGAGGAUGCAACAGUUGAAGAGGAUGGUAGUAAAAGAACAUUGACUGAAGUAGAACCACCUGUUGUUGAAGAGAAACCAGUUGCAAAGGAGAAAAAACCAUCCAAGAAGGAAAAACCUGCCAAACCCAAAACUUCAUCAAGUACGACUGAAGAAAAUGUUGAUGUCUCUCGGCUUGAUCUUCGAGUAGGAAAGAUUGUCAAAGUACAAAAACACCCUGAUGCGGACACACUCUACUUAGAAGAAAUUGAUGUUGGAGAGGAGAAACCAAGAACUGUUGUUUCUGGCCUUGUGAAACAUAUUCCCAUAGAGAAAAUGCAGGAUCGUAUGGUGAUGGUACUUUGCAAUCUUAAACCAGCCAAGAUGAGAGGUAUACUCUCGCAUGCAAUGGUAAUGUGCGCAUCUUCACCAGAACUGUGUGAAUUAUUGGAUCCACCUUCAACAUCUGUACCUGGGGAUAAAGUGAUCUGUGAGGGAUACUUGGGGACUCCUGAUGAACAACUAAAUCCUAAGAAGAAGAUAUUUGAAAAGAUCCAACCUGACUUACACACUGACGAAGAAGGAAUAGCAAAAUAUAAAGGAUCUCCGUUCCUUGUUGUAGGAAAAGAAGGAUAUUUUUUCUCACAAACGAUGAAAAACUCUAGCAUAAAGUAGAAACAGAAUAAUGUUUGUCGCUCGUUUCAAAAAAGUUAAACAUUUAA